CACUAAUAAGUGAUUCGGUUUUCACUGUUCAACACUCCCACGAAAGCUUUCACAUCACGCGCUCCUCUCUUUUUCUCUCUCGAUCGACUCUGAGAGGGUCAGCAGAAUAAGAAAAUGCAAUGAGCUGAGCUACUCUCUUCCACUCCACUCCUUGCUGCUUCUCCGGCUCAGUUUCAUUCGAUCCCCGGCGAUGGUUCCUUCGCUGCUUCAACCAUCACCGCCGCGGCUUCUUCCUCUCUGAACCCUAACCACCACCGUCGGCAUUCCCCGGAAGAAUCCCUAAUCCUUCCGCCAUGUACUUGUCCGAGAAGCCUCGCCCGAUCGAUUUCUACAAGGAGGAGCCCGCUCCUCGCGACAUGAUCAUCGAGGUCGUCUCCUCCAACGGCGACAUACCGCCUCACCACCCGCACCAGCCCCAGCCGCCGCCGCCGCCGCCGCCGCCCCCCCAGUCGCACCACCAGAUGAUCCUCGGCGAGAGCAGCGGCGAGGACCUCGAGGUCAAGGCCCCGAAGAAGCGCGCCGAGACUUGGGUCCAGGACGAGACCCGUUGCCUCAUCGUGCUCCGCCGCGAGAUGGACUCGCUGUUUAACACCUCCAAGUCGAACAAGCACCUUUGGGAGCAGAUAUCGUCCAAGAUGAGGGAGAAAGGGUUUGAUCGUUCCCCGACCAUGUGCACGGACAAGUGGAGGAACUUGCUCAAGGAGUUCAAGAAGGCCAGGUACCAGGAUAGAGGGUCGGCCAAGAUGUCGUAUUACAAGGAGAUUGAGGAGAUUCUGAGGGAGAGGAGCAAGAAUGGUCAGUAUAAGAGUCCGACGGCCUCGGCUUUGAAGGUCGAUUCCUACAUACAGUUCUCUGACAAAGGUAUUGAGGAUGCUGGGAUGACUUUCGGACCUGUAGAAGCAAGUGGUAGGCCAACUCUCAACCUUGAAAGACGUUUGGAUCACGAUGGGCAUCCCCUGGCCAUAACUACAGCUGAAGCAGUUGCAGCUAAUGGAGUUCCACCUUGGAAUUGGAGGGAAACCCCUGGAAAUGGGGAGAGUCAGUCAUAUGGUGGGAGGGUCAUCUCAGUCAAGUGGGGAGACUAUACCAGAAGGGUUGGUAUUGAUGGCACUGCCGAUUCCAUUAAAGAGGCUAUCAAAUCUGCUUUUAGAUUGAGAACCAAACGUGCAUUUUGGUUGGAGGAUGAAGACCAGAUAAUACGGAGUCUUGACAGAGAUAUGCCUUUGGGAAGUUACAUUCUCCAGCUUGAUGAAGGACUGGCCAUAAAAGUGUGCCUUUACGAUGAGUCAGGGCACAUUUCAGUCCAUCCAGAAGAUAAGAUUUUCUACACGGAAGAUGAUUAUCGUGAUUUUCUUGCCCGAAGAGGGUGGACAUGUUUGAGGGAGCUUGAUGGGUACAGAAACAUUGAUAAUAUGGACGAUCUACGACCAGGUGGAAUAUACCGUGGGGUGACAUGAGGCCUCGGGCCUCCAAUGGGAGGGGGACUUUGUAAUUAUGUCCAUGAUGGACCUGUACUGUGACGUUUAAUUGUGUAUAGCCAUCUUGGCACGAGAUGUUUAUCCAUU